UCAGCCUACUGCCUCGUGGUGGCCGCUGCUGUACUAAUACAACGAGAAGUAGGCAAGUUAUACACUAAACCAUGAUCGUGCACUUUGUGCCCGGUGCUGCAGGCGCCAGUCCCUGGUGCUUUGUGGAAACGGUCGCUGAUGCUAUAGCAAACGACGUUCGUUGAACGCGCGUUUUUUUUUUCCCUUUUUCUUUUUACGAGUUGUGCGCACAUGCUUGUGGCCCUGUCGAAUCGUGUUUCGUCAAAGGAAGAACGCGGAGCGCCGAGGGGCGGAAAUCGCGUCUCGGGAAGUGACCCUCGAUCAUGAUCUGGAUCCUGGCACUGAGUCUCGCCUUCGGGUUGGCCCGAGGUUUGGUCGGAAACUACAAGUACGAGGACUGCGGUAGCGCGGCCAAAAUCCUGUCGAUUAACGUCGAACCGUGUCACACCCACCCUUGCGUGUUCCUGCGAGGUAGGGACACGAAGAUUCACUUCUCCAUUAUUGCGGAUCAGAACAGCGAGUGGCUGCAGCUGGAGCCCACCAUGACGCUGCUUGGCAUGACGCUACCCGUGCCGGGAAUCGAACGCGAUCUGUGCGAGGGGGUCUACCGCUGCCCCAUUGUCAAGGGUCGCAAGUACAAUGGCACCAUGAUUGUGCACGUGCCUUUCUACGCGCCACCGUUCGAAGUGAAGGUGCAAAUGAAGAUGAUUGGCGAAAGAGGAGUCAGUAUUUGCACUAGGGCCGCCAUGCUGUUUCAGUAAGAGCGCUCGUGUGCUUGGACUCAGCAUAUAGCAAGCCCAACGGACUGCUGAAGCCAUUUAUGAAAAAGAAAGCAACGUAAUCAUUGUAGUACUCCAAUAAAAUUCAGU